AUGAAACUUGUAUUUGAAUCUGAGAAAGAAGAUUGGGCUAAAACUGGAAAGGUAAUUGGUUGCGGAUUUGAUCCAAGAAAAAAGGAGGUUUACUUCACAGCCGACUCAGAGCUGGUGCAUCUAAUACAUUGCAAGUCAGAGGAUUUUGGGAGGCCAUUAUAUCCUGUUAUGGCUACGAACAUUGGCAUAACUAUGCUAGUGAAUUUAGGCCAAAGCAGCUUCAAUUAUCUUCCUGCAAAUGCACACAGGACCCCUAAUCCAUGUUUCAUUGGUCCCGUCGUAAACUCAUCUGCAACAACGCUUGGAUACGAAGACAGCAAAGAGUUGUUUUCAAUGGGAAGAAUCGAUGCUGAGUGGCAUAGUCAUAGUGCAACAACUAAAAGUACAGUUUGCUAUAAUAGUGACCUUUACAACACUAGGAUUAACAAAAUGGACGAGUAUGAGGAUGAAACAGAGGCCGAAUUUAUUGAAAUUGUUUUAGAUAGCACAAAACGGUGA